GUUCUCUUUCUGGCUGACAAAUAGGAAAUUUCCAUUCCACACCCUGUGCAAAUUAUACAUUUGCAUGUGGUGGGCGAUUUUCAGCACUAAUUUUACCAAAAAGACCCUUAGGAUAGUCCAAUUGAGCCACAUCCGUCGGUUUAUGCUCCCUAUUUAUAGUCCUUAUUUCCAGAUUUCCUUCACCUCUGUGCCAUCCAUAUCUUCCUAACCAAAAUUUCACACAUAAACAAAUAUACACAUAAAUAUGGGCUCUCUUCCUCAUGUAGUAGAAGACUGUUUAGGUAUCCUUCAACUUUAUAGUGAUGGCUCCAUUUUCCGAUCAAGUGACGAACAAAUUGACUUCAAAAUUACUGUCCAAGACGAUGGCUCUGUCGUUUGGAAAGAUUGCCUUUACGACGAAAAAAACAAUCUCUAUCUCCGUCUUUACAAACCUAAAUUAGCAAACAAGCUCAAAAUAGUCUACUUUUUUCAUGGUGGAGGUUUCUGUGUAGGUUCACGUACGUGGCCUAAUUGUCAUAACUGUUGCCUCCGUCUUUCCUCUGACCUACAAGCGCUUGUCAUCGCUCCCGACUAUAGACUGGCGCCCGAGUUUUGUCUGCCUGCUGCCAUGGACGAUGCCUUUACGUCCAUGCAGUGGCUGCAGAAUCAGGUGUUGUCGAAAACGCCUGAUUGUUGGAUGAAUGAAGUAAUAGUUGAUCGAAUUUUUGUAAUUGGAGACUCAUCUGGUGGGAACAUGGCGCACCAUUUGGCCUUGAGGCUCGGGGUUGGCUCGCCUGAGCUGGCGCCGGUUAGAGUACGGGGUUAUGUUCUCAUGGCGCCAUUUUUCGGGGGGAGUUUGAGGACUAAGUCUGAAGCUGAGGGACCUGCUGAACCUUUCUUGAAUGUGGAAAUUCUUGACAGGUAUUCAACUCUUUCUUAUAUUUUAUUUUUGUCUUUGCUCCUUUUUCGUUUUUUGCAUGGUCAUGACUCAUGAGGGCCAAAGAAAACUUUAAAGAUUAUUUUGACUAGUUAAUUACUAGGAAUUGUACUAUUUUAACCAUCAUCGCCAUUAUCAUGGAAUCAAUGGCCACUAAGAGUAAGACACCAAUAUGGUCAAAGAAUUGAAUGAUGUUCAACGUAGCUAGCAUGAACUUUGCAUCCCAAAUGGAACGUUCCAUUUAGUUGCUUUUAAUUUGUCGAUUUCACUCUUUAUUACUCCUUUCAUUUCUUUGUAUGUGACGAUAUUAGACUGAAAAUAAAGUUUAAGGAAAAAAAAAAGGUAUAGCUAUAAAGUUAUAUCAUUAAAAGUAAAACAAAAAAUUUAAUAUUAGAUAGCACAAAUAUAAAUCAUUCUUUUUAGAAAAGCAAAGAGUCACAUCAAAUAAAAACAAAAGAGGUAAUAACUUUUUUUGUUGAGGUAAUGCUUUUUGAUUUUAUAAAUAGGUAUAUAUAUUUUCAAAAUAUAAUCAAGAAAUUCAAUACUCUAUAUAUUUCGAACUCCAAAACAUUGACAAAAAAGGAGGUACCUUAUAGUAAUGCCAAGUCUAUGUUUUUAAUUAAUAUAUUUCAAGAGAGGUGGGUUUCA